GGUUAUGUUGAUUUCAGCAUUAAGGUGCUCUGUCACUUCAAACUAUUAAGAGUAGUAGACAUGAAACUUGGACUCUGGAACUUUGAAGAUAAGAUGCUAUAUAUGAAAAAUCUUGUUCACUUGAGAUACUUAGCUUUGUCCCUAAAUGAAAAAGUGGGCCCUCUUAAACUAAAGCUCUUUAAGCAUUGGAAUAUGCAAAGUUUUCAAGUCCGUGGAUGUAGUGUUAUAUUGGAUUCCUCUAAUGCAUCUACAAUUUGGAAAAUGCCACUGUUAAGGCAUUUUUAUCUUGACGGAAUUCCUUUUACAUUAGAGGGUUCGGAGGUUGUUCAUAGAAACAUAGAGACUAUAUCUUGGUUGCGUCCGAAGUGUUGUACAGAGCAUCUUUUUACAAGGAUUCCAAAUUUAAAAAAAUUGGGAAUUCAAGGUGAAAUGCAUUUUGAAAAUGAAAAUUCAGAUGGUUUCUAUAAUUUUGUGCACUUGGGGCAGCUUGAGAAACUAAACAUCAAAGGGUGGGAUCUCAAACUUCCCUAUAGCGGCAUCCCAUGGGCAACCAGUUUUCUACCAAAUCUUAAGAAGCUCAAAUUCGUCGAGACUAGGUUGCCAUGGAGUGAUAUGAGGCUUAUUGGUAUGUUGCCGAAUCUAGAAGUUCUAAAAUUGAUAAAUGCUUGUGUGGGAGAAAAGUGGCAGCCAUGUGAGGGAGGGUUCCGUCAAUUGAAAAGGUUGGUAAUUGAAAGCUGGAGUUUGGAAGAUUGGAAUGCUGUGGAUGAUCAUUUCCCUGUGCUUCAACAUUUAGAGUUAAGUGAUUGCCGUUUGUUGCGAGAGAUUCCUAUUGCGUUUGCCGAUAUUGCCACACUUGAAUUGAUUCAAUUAGAUUCCUGCUUGGAUUCCGUUUCGACUUCUGCGAAGCUUAUUCAAGAUGAUCAGCGAAGCUAUGGAAAUGGAGCCCUCCUUGUUCGUGCUAGAAAUGAAGUUACUUCAAUUCUUUUUCCCAGGAUAUGAUUGGAUGUGAUGAGGAGGAAGGGGUAGAGAGUGACGAAUGAAUAAGGAGUGGGUGAAGAGAGAGAGAGAAAAUGGAGCAAGCUAAGUGUUAUCCAUCAACUCAUCAACAGUACUCAACUUUUCUUUCUUUUUUUCCUUACAAGAGAGAAGAAAUGGAGGAAGUCUCUUUGGGCAAAGAUGGUGCGCGCAAUAGACCUUGGAUAAGAGUCUACUCUUCCAAGGUGGCGUAGGCAGUGGCCAUUCGGGAGGUGCUCAGCUGGGUAAAGACGAGGUAUCAAGUGGAAAUAAAUGUACUGUUGGUGGUUCGAGGCCUAUCAAACGGCAAUGAUUAGUCAUCAUUCUAUUUGUCUUAGGUGACAUAAAAUCACUCUUAAAUUGAUUUUUCACACACUUUUGUCUCUUUUGUUAAGCAAUCAGCGAAUCGUAUUGCCUAUGUGUUGGUUCGGAGUCAAUUUUUCAGUCUGAUCGUAAAGAAUGGUUGUCAUUCCCUCAGUAUAGCAGGAGCCAGGAGGAUCUGUUAUAGGCAAAUUAUAUC